AUGAAAGACCGACUACAGGAACUAAAACAAACAACAAAGGAAUUUGAACUCUCUAGCAAUAGACCUGUGUCAACUACGGAAGCAGAAGAACAAGGAACGAUUCUACAGCAAGCUGUUAUUUAUGAAAGAGAGCCUGUCGCUGAGAGACACCUACAAGAGAUCCAAAAACUAAAGGAGAACAUCAACAAUUUGACUGAUGAUGUUCAAAAAUUUGGGCAGCAACAGAAACGUCUGAUGGCUUCAAUGAGGAGGUUUAGUGUACUUAAGAGAGAGUCUAGCAUUGCAAAAUCGAUCAAAAAUCAAGCAGAAUACAUCAACCGAGGUUUGGAUGAUUUAGUCAAGGAAGCUAAAAAGUCAGAGGUUGAAAAUGGCCCAUCAUCAGUGGUGACAAGAAUCCUUAAAUCUCAGCAUGAUGCAAUGUUUCGCCAUUUUCAGCAAACUAUGUACAUGUACAAUGACACAAUAGCAGCGAAGCAAGAGAAAUGCAAGACGUUUAUCUUCCGUCAGCUUGAAGUAGCAGGAAAGGAAGUAUCAGAGGAAGAAGUAAACAAUAUGCUUCAUCAAGGAAAAUGGGAGGUUUUUAAUGAAAGUUUACUUACAGAAAUCAGUAUCACUAGAGCACAACUCUCAGAGAUUGAACAAAGACACAAGGAACUUGUUAAUUUGGAGAACCAAAUAAGGGAUCUAAGGGAACUAUUCAUUCAAAUAUCUCUUUUAGUAGAAGAGCAAGGAGAAAGUAUUAACAAUAUUGAAAUGAUAAUGAAUGGUACAAAGGAAUAUGUAAACACUACAAAAGAGAAAUUUGGACUAGCUGUAAAGUACAAAAAAAGAAAUCCUUGUAGGGUACUGUGUUGUUGGUGUUGUCCCUGGUGUGGCUCAAAAUAA